AUGUUAUCAAAAAGAUCAAUUCAAUUUUUACCAACUUUAAGAAACUUAACCACCAGAGCCAAUACCACCCGUCAAUUCACCUCAAUUACUAAUAAAUCAACUGGGUUAGGUUUAAAGACAUCAUUCAAGUCUCAAAUAAGAUUUGUUUCUGAAGUUGUUAGAAUUAAUUCAAUUGCACCUAAUUUUCAAGCCGAGACUACCAGAGGGAAAAUAGAUCUCCACGAAUAUAUUGGGGACUCCUGGUUAAUUUUAUUUUCACAUCCUGCUGAUUUUACACCUGUUUGUACGACGGAAUUAGGAGCAUUGUCAUCUAGAUUGGGUGAAUUAGAAGAUUUAAAUGCUAAAGCAAUUGCCUUAUCUGUUGAUACAGUGUCAGAGCAUGAAGAAUGGCUGAAAGAUUUGGAACAACUUGGAUCUAAAUUAAAAUUUCCUAUCAUUGAUGACUCAAAAGGUGAGAUUGCUUAUACUUAUAAUAUGUUCCCACAAGAAGAAUAUCAAAAUAAAACUAAAAAAUUAGUACCAACAGUAAGAUCACUUUUUAUAAUUGAUCCAAAUAAAAAAGUUAGGUUAAUUUUAACAUACCCACCAAGUGUUGGAAGAAAUGUUGAUGAAGUAAUAAGAGCUUUGAAAGCUUUACAAGUUGGUGAUGAAUAUGGUGUUGUUACUCCAGUUGAUUGGCAACCAGGUCAAGAAGUUAUAAUUCCACCUUCAAUAUCUGAUGAAGAUGCUACUAAGAAAUACGGUGAAUUUAGAAAAGUAUUACCAUAUUUAAGAUAUACUAAAGUUGAUUAA